GUAGGCCAACUCGAGGUUUCUCCCCUCGUGGCACGCACGCAGACCAACGGAAUCGGGCGACGAGGGUUUCUGCGCUCCAACAUCCCGGCGGCGAGGAAGAGAAGGCGGCGGAGAUGGCGGUGAUGGACACGGCGUUCAAGGCGCUGACGGCGGGGCUGGGCGUGGCGACGCUCUACCUGGCGGGCUCCUUCUCCUUCAACGUCUACCGCGGCCUCGCCUGGCACUCCGAGCAAUCCAAGCUAGAAAAGGAAAAGGAGAAGAGUGAAGAUUGAGAAGGAAGGACGGCGCGUUAGUGUCGGACACUACCAACCAAAAGGACCUACAAGAAAUCUCACCUUUUGAUGAUGUGUGGUCAUUCGUGAUUAUGUUUUCUGGGACUGAUUUCCAGGCAGUUCCUUUGAUGUAAUAUAGAUUCAGGAUUUGGAUCAUACAUCUUUAAGUGCUCUCAGUUUUUACAUAUUUCUGCGUUGCACUAAACAUAAGGGUGCUCUGAGAUGGAAAACAAAAAAUGUGUGUUCUGUGAA